CGGACCGGCCGUCCAGGCACGUGAUGCACUUCAAGUCCACCACCAAGGUGCAGCGCGUGGGGCUGCGGCCCGCCGUCCAUGUCGCCAGGGCGGCCAGGGUGAGGAUAGGUCGCCGCAAGCGGGAGGGCCAGGGCGGCAUCAUGUACCAGCCCACCUACAAGGAGGAGCCGAACGAAGUCCCCGACUGGCGGAGGGUGCGCGCCCUCAUGAAGGAGAUCAUGGCCCUGGGCCUCAAGGACGUCUCCUACAGCAGCUUCCUGGCGGAGAACGGUAGCCGCAUCCUGGCGGCCGCCAUCGUGCAGAGGUUCAAGAGUUUCAACCUGGAUCGGUACCGGCUCGUGGCCAAGGUCCGCAUCGCGCAGAAGAUCAACCAGGGCAUGGCCAUGUACGUGGCCUGCCUGUGGCACGCCGACGUGGACCGAUUCUCGUAUGUGCAGUUCGAGAACUCGAACGUGGCGGCACAGGCCGUUCUCUUUAUGGUGUAUCGGGACUGACUGACUGACUUACGGCCGGCCGGGACGCCGGCCUGCAUGGUGGCGCCCUCUAGGCGUCGGCGAUACCCCACGCCGGAGAGACGCGGCGCGCGCGGCGGCGGCGCUACCCCGGGCGCGCGCCUAGUUUGACCAGGAAUGAAUGAAUGCCACUCUUAAACUAUGACUCCAUUUAUUGAAAGGAACAAUUCUUUUAAAAAGUAAAUGACAGACGCAAUCAUAGGUAUUUUUCUGUUUCCAAAAGCCAACAAACAAUUAUUGUUCAUUCGUUGCACAAUAAGUUCAAGUCUUCAAUUUCUGUAUGUGUGUGAAUAGCAACCAGUGUAACAAGUUUAGCUUAGAGCAAAGAACAAUCAUAAAAUCUACCUAAAAAUAAACAUAAAAACAAUGUAGCUUUAAAAUGGCUUCGUUAGUUAUUACCUCUUUGCAGCACUUGCAAAGUGCUCUGAACUAAACUUUGGAUAAUGUACAAAUACAGUCUUACAAACUGAAAGCAGACACUUUCAAUAAAAUAAACUCACACUA